GCAAUAUUUUUAAACACUCUCGCUUCAUGCCGGUUAUUGUAUAAAUUAUAUGAAACAUUUUCUAAUAAAAGACAAUAUUUUUGAUUGAAACUAAUUAAACCUUAGAUAUAAAAUCUUAUUUAGUUCAACUUAAGACUAUAAUCUAUCAAAUGGCGACACCCAAAGCGGAAAAAGAUUUGCAUUUGCCUCUGUCCAGAGUAAAAACUAUUAUGAAAAGUUCUCCCGAAGUGGAUGCGGUUGGACCGGAACCACUUUACUUAGUCACAAAAGUAACAGAAUUAUUUGUAACAGAUUUAGCAAAGAGAGCAUAUAAAAACAGUGAAAAAAAUUUUCUGGAAUACAAACAUAUAGCCGAAGUAGUCCAACAAGAUGAUACUCUAGAUUUUUUGAGAGAAAUCAUGCCUCGAAAGAUCACAGUGCGUCAGUUUAAAGAAAUGAUGGCCAAAAAAGCUGCAAAAGCAAAUGACUCAGAUGAGACGAGUGAAGAAUCUAGUGAGGAAGAGAGUAGCGAUGAGAGUUCUAGUGGUAACAGCAAUAGCAAUCAGGAUAACAAAACCUAAAUUAAUUGUUCAGUGAAAUAUUAAGUUGAAGAACUGAACUUUUCAAUGUUUAUGGGUGAUAAGUCAUUAUUAAGAUAUAUGACGCAGUUUAAUAAAAUCUGGAAUAAUGCUCUGA